GGUGCUGUCCAAACUCAAAGAUUAUAAAUUGAUGUCCAAAAACACAUUUUUAUUUCAUUUGUUAGCAUCUCCCACUCUCAUGCAAUAAACAAGAGAGAGAAGAAACAAACAUGGGAAACUCUCUUGCAUGCUUCUCUCCCUCAACAGUGUCCAAAUCUCCACCAAAGGAGCUUCACCCUCCAUGGAUUUCCCCCUCAGCCCCCCACACAAGAUCAAGAAAAUCGGCCACAUCGUCUUCUUCUCCUCCGACCAUGAAAGCCUCGAACGUCUUAGAUGAAUCCUAUAUUAAGCAGCAAGCUCAGAUUGCUUCCAUGCUCUACCACCAUCACUUGCAAAACAAUGGAGGUGAUCUCCUCCUCCAGUUGGACCGCUCCGUUUCGACCAAGAAUCCACCUCCUUCUUCCUCUUCCAAGAAGCUUCCUAGGCGCUCUCGCUCUGUCUCCAGCUCUACCCCUCUCUCUUCUAUGCACCUCCCUAAUCUCCAGGAUGCUGCAAGAAAUGAUGGUAAAGAGAAGAAGCAGCAUUUUGUACUGGUUCAUGGUGGAGGUUUUGGGGCAUGGUGUUGGUACAAAAUCAUAGCCCUUUUGAAAGAAGCCAAUUGUGAAGUUGAUGCCAUAGACCUCACUGGCUCUGGUGCUAACUUUUGUGACAUUACUUCUAUUAAAACUAUAGCUCAAUAUGCCAAACCUCUCAUUGAUUUCCUAGCAAAUCUUGCUGAUGACAAAGAGGUGAUUUUGGUGGGACAUGAUGUAGGUGGAGUUUGUAUGUCUUAUGCAAUGGAGAUGAAUCCUAGCAAGGUUUCAAGAGCUGUGUUUGUUGCUGCAACUAUGCUCAGCAAUGGCCAUAGCGCCCUCGAUGUUUUCUCCAAACAGGCAUCCUUAACUGAGCUGAACCAAUGUGCUCAGAAGUUCAUAUAUGGGAACGGGAAGAAACAGUUGCCAACUGCCAUGGAGUAUGACAAAUCCCUUCUCGAAGAUUUCUUGUUCAACCAGACUCCAUCAAAGGAUGUGGCAUUGGCAUCGGUAUCCAUGAGGGCUGUGCCGUUUGCACCAGUGACAGAGAAGCUCUGCCUUUCUGCAGAAAAAUAUGGUUCUAUCCCAAGAUUUUAUGUCAAGACAGACUAUGAUUUCGCCAUUCCUGAGCCACUGCAGGAGGCGAUGAUACAGUCGGAUCCGCCUAAGCAAGUCUUCCAGCUAAAAGGCGCAGAUCAUUCGCCUUUUUUUUCAAAGCCUCAGGCAUUGCUCAGGCUUCUGUUAGAGAUAUCAAACACCCCACAAGUAAAACAGGGGAAGGAGACUUAGAAAACCUUUUUUGUAGCAGCCUUCCAUUGUAAUUAGAUUUUAUCACACAUUGCUAUGUUAUUUUCACAAUAAACUAGAGAAUUGAACAGAAAAUAUUUCAUUGAAAAUGUUUUGAUGCAACAA